UUCAUUUCAAGUGCCCAUCACUAUUAUUAUAAAAUUUAAUAUAUUAUUAUCAAACCAAAACCAAAUUCAAAAUGCCUGCUGAAAUAGAAGAUCCACAAGUUCCGGCUAAGCCGAAAACUGAAUUGGAAGCAAUUCAGAUGCAAGCUAAUCAAGCAACGGAUGAAUCACUUGAAUCAACACGACGAAUGUUGGCUCUUUGUGAAGAGAGCAAAGAAGCCGGUAUCCGUACAUUGGUGGCAUUGGAUGAACAAGGUGAACAAUUGGAUCAUAUCGAAGAAGAUAUGGAUAAAAUAAAUACAGAUAUGCGUGAAGCGGAAAAAAAUUUAACCGGCAUGGAAAAAUGUUGCGGUAUCUGUGUAUGUCCUUGCAAUAAAUCAAAAGAAUUUAAAGAAGAUGCAAGCACAUGGAAAGCAUCAGAAGAUGGUAAAAUUGUUAGUGGCCAGCCUACACGUGUGGUUGAUGAACGUAAUGGUGGCGGACCGAUGACCACAUCAUAUAUAGCAAGGAUAACUAAAGAUGCACGUGAAGAUGAAAUGGAAGAAAAUAUGGGCCAAGUAACAACAAUGAUCGGUAAUCUAAGAAAUAUGGCCAUCGAUAUGGGUAGUGAAAUUUCAUCACAAAAUGCCCAAUUAGAUCGUAUUAAUCAGAAAGCGGAUUCAAAUAAAAUGCGUAUACAAGGAGCAAAUGAAAGGGCACAAAAAUUGCUUAAAUAGAAAAUUUACCCAUCAUCAUCAUCGCCAGAUUAUCAUUAUCAUCAAAGAAAAUUUGUUGUUGUUAUUGUUUUGAAAAAAAUUGUCGUUUGAAUCAUCAAUCGUUCGAGAUAAAACGACAAUCUGGUUGUGUGUCGCGCCAUUCAUUCAUUCAUUCAUUAUCAUCCAUCAUCAUCAUCCAUCAUCAUCAUCAUCAUCAUCAUCAUCAUCAUCAACAUUCCUUGAUAUUCAUUGAUUCAUUCAUUGUUUGUUUGUUGAAAAAAAAGAAAUCUCAAUCCAAUCACAAAACACACGUUAUUUAAUUUGAUAAUAAAUUUUCAAUACUUUUGCUGCUGGUUAAUGAUGAUGAUGAUGAUAUUCACUCGACGAUUGUAUUGGCUGCCUUUUUCCUGUUUUUGUGUGUGUACGUUUGUGCGUGUGUGUAUUUGUUUUCUUCUUCUUAUUAAAAAACCACCU